GUGAAAUAAUAUCGGAAAACAGUGUUGAGUUAUUUUUAGUGUGUAUUUACAAUAAAUCCGUGUAAGGUAUAAAUCCGUGUAAGGUGAAGUGAAUAAUACAAUGCCAUUGUUAAAAUACAUUGUACUGUUUAUUGUGCACCAGACAGUGGUCAGUAUAAAAUACGAACCAAACUGGGACUCAUUAGAUACCCGCCCACUUCCUCAGUGGUACGACCAGGCAAAACUAGGCAUAUUUAUUCAUUUUGGAGUAUUUUCUGUACCGAGUUUUGACCAUGUUCCGGCCUGGUUCUGGAAAUACUGGCAUGAUAAAAGUGACAUGAACAGUGUAGAAUUCAUGAAGAAAAAUUAUCCUCCUAGAUUUACUUACCAAGAUUUUGCAGCGGAAUUUACUGCGGAGUUCUUCAAUGCCGAGGAAUGGGCUGAAAUAUUCAACGCUUCUGGUGCAAAGUAUGCUGUACUUACUACCAAACACUGCGAUGGGUUUACACUAUGGCCUUCAAAAACAAGCUUCAACUGGAAUUCCAACUCGACCGGGCCUAAGAGAGAUAUCGUUGGGGAGUUUUCCGCAGCAUUGCGUAAGAAAUCGUCACUUAAAGUAGGAUUAUAUCAUUGCCUACAAGAAUGGUUUAAUCCACUCUAUCUGAAGGACAAAGAAAGUAACUAUACAGGACAAGAAUAUGUAAAGUUUAAAGUUCAACCGGCACUGUAUGAACUGAUCAAUAACUACAAACCGGAAGUAUUAUGGUCUGACAUGUGUGAAUUGAAAGGUCCGGCGGAGUAUUACAAAUCUCAGGAAUUCUUAGCCUGGCUUUAUAAUGAAAGUCCAGUGAAGGAUACGGUUGUGACGAACGACAGAUGGUGUGAAACCUGUUUUUGUAAACAUGGUGGUUACUUUACUUGUGCAGAUAAAUUUAACCCUGGUGUUGUACAAAAACAUAAAUUUGAAGGAGGCUUGACAAUAGACAGAGAUGCAUGGGCCUACCGACGUAAUGUGCAACUGAGUAAUUUUCUUAGUCCUCAUGAUAUAAUUUCAAACCUCGUUUCCAUAGUAAGUUGUGGCGGAAAUAUGAUAUUAGAUGUUGGUCCUACAAAGGAAGGUAAAAUAACACCCAUAUUUGAAGAGAGGCUUCGGCAGCUUGGCCAAUGGCUUCGAUCUAAUGGCGAGGGGAUAUACAGUACUGUGCCAUGGAGCCACCAAAAGGAUACAACCACUCGAAAUGUUUGGUACACCAUGAAGAAAACUGAUGAGAAAUUUGUUUAUGCAGUGGUGUUGUCAUGGCCACAAAAUAAUACCUUAACAUUGGGAGCACCUUUUACGUCUACAAAUACCAUAGUUACUAUGCUUGGAUAUCCAGGGAAAUUCGAAUGGACUACAACGGCUGGUGCACAAGGACUGAAUAUAACGAUACCAAAUAUAUCCUGGAAUAUGUUACCAUGUCAAUGGGCAUGGACUUUCAAAUUGACAAAUAUUCAAAACUGAAAAUAUACUCAUUUAAGGGUGUUUAAAAACUGACUAUGUUUUUUGUUUAUUGUUGAAGAAGGAGAUGGGAACAACAGUUGUUAUUUUCUAUGUUAUUUGGUCUCUUAUCGAGAGUAGUCUCAAUGACAAUCGAUCAUACUGUAAUUUCUUGUUUUAUAUCAAUUUAUAUAAAUUGGAGAGAACUUUUUUUUAAAUACAGGGAAACAAAUUUUAUUUGUAAAGGACAUAUUUGGACUUGUCAAUUAUAGAUUGUGUAAAAAGAUUCAAAGCUGGUAGACGUGAUUGGUUUCCCUCCUUUUAACAUACAAUAAAAAGUUUAAAACAAUUAUUGCAAAAAUAUCAAGAAUAUAAAUACAUAAUAUGUAAUAUUGCUACUGAUUGGUCAAAUAUAGUAAUGUAGACAUUGUGUCAUCAUUGUAAAUAUAGUUACUAUAUCAUGGUUGAAUUCUCGAUUCAUAGGAGUAUUCUGCUUUUUAUAUUUCAGAAAACGUUGUUUUGUCAAUUUAACAAUUAUCUGUCAAUUGAUAUAAGUCAUACUGUAUUGAUUUAAGUGUUGUGUUCGUAUUUGCAUUUGAUUGAAAACUACAUGAGAUUAACGAA